ACGAACCCUCAAGAGGCUGCCUCAGAACCUCAAAGCCUUAGAUCAUUUCAACUCGUGCUGAAAAAGGAUAUUUAGAAAUGAGUUUGGCAGGUAACUGCAUAAGUGUUACUUAUAAAAUUUCUCAAUCUGUUACAAGCAGCGAUAAUUCAACACUGCUUUUCUUUGGUGUCUUCAACUCUGCGUUAGCUGUACCAACAGCUGCUGCUAAUGCUCUGGUUAUCGUGGCCAUUCUGACGACGUCGUCUUUACGAACACCGUCGUAUCUUUUACUGACGAGUCUCGCCUUCAGUGAUCUUGCAGUGGGACUAUUUUGUCAACCACUACUUGCCUUAUUGGUGUACACGUUCUUAAAUGGCUUCAUCGAUAUCGGUUGUCAUCUUUUGUGGGCAUGCUAUGCCAUUUCAUGCCUGGUUUCAUGGGCUUCAAUCUUCAUCAUAACAGCCAUCAGUGUGGACAGGUACUUGGCCAUACGACUCAAGAUGCGGUACAAGACUAUUGUCACAGUACGAAGAGUAAGGUGUUUUCUGUUUAUGUUGUGGAUUUCGUCUUUCAUCUUAAUGAUGAUACCGCCUGUAUUAGAUAUGGAAGUAGAAAUGUUUGGUGUAGUAGCAGCUAUUUCUCUAGUCACAUUUUUACUUGUGAUUGUGGUAUCCUACACGAUGUCGUUCAGAGCCCUGAAGAUCCACUGUGCUCAGAUCCAACCGCAGAGUAACCAACAACCCAACAGUACAACACAGUCCAAUGUCAUCGAUGUUCUCAAGUACAGAAAGCUACUGAAGACAAUGAUCUUGAUUGUGGUGGUGAUUCUUAUUUGCUACAUUGCACAUUCCGCACUGUUUGGUAUUCUAUCUGUUUUUGGUGUGAAAAGAGUGGAUGCCCUGAUAUAUAUUUUAGGAUUGGUUAGUAUCGUGAAUCUAAAUUCUUUGUUAAAUCCUAUCAUUUACGUGACAAGGAUGACAGACAUUGGACGGGUUUGCAUCAAGAUUCUUCAAAAGUUCAGAUGUAUAAGCUGAAGUUCAUGAAUAAAACUACACUAGUCA